GUUAAACGGGCCAGCAUGGAACGAUAUGAAAUAUUGAAAGACAUCGGUUCUGGAAAUUUUGGGAUGACUAAGUUGGUUAGAGAUCUAGCGACGAAGCAAUUGUUUGCUGUAAAGUUUAUUGAGAGAGGAGAAAAGAUUAAUGAGAAUGUGCAAAGGGAGAUCAUUAACCAUAGAGUACUGAAACAUACAAAUAUUGUAAGAUUUAAGGAGGUAUUGUUAACGCCUACACAUUUAGCCAUUGUCAUGGAAUAUGCUGCUGGAGGUGAUCUUUUUGAUAGGAUAUCCAAGGCAAAAAGAUUUAAUGAAAAUGAGGCAAGAUUCUUCUUUCAACAAAUAAUAUCGGGUGUUAGCUAUUGCCAUUCUAUGCAAAUAUGCCAUAGGGAUCUUAAGCUAGAAAACACCCUUUUGGAUGGAAAUGAAGCACCUCACAUCAAAAUAUGCGAUUUUGGCUAUUCCAAGUCUUUGGUGUGGAACUCUCAGCCAAAAUCAACGGUAGGCACACCAGCUUACAUUGCUCCAGAAGUUAUAAUUAGAAAAGAAUAUGAUGGAAAGAUUGCAGAUAUUUGGUCAUGUGGAGUAGCAUUAUACGUGAUGCUGGUUGGGAGUUAUCCAUUUGAAGAUCCAAGUGACCCAACAAAUAUUAAAAGAAUAUUUGAGAGAAUACUUGACGUACAGUACUCAAUUCCAGACCAUCUUCUGAUAUCAAUGGAAUGUAAAAAUCUUUUAUCUCGGAUAUUUAUUGCUGAUCCUAAACAGAGAAUAACCAUGCAAGAGAUUAAAAGCCACCCUUGGUUUUUGAAAAACCUACCGAAGGAGCUUAUUGAAGGAUAUCAGAGCGACUUACAAGAUGACAUAUAUACUCCAAUGCAAAGCAUUAAUGAAAUCAUGUCAACAAUAGAGGAUGCAAAGAAGCUUGUCAAGGGCCCAAAUCUUAGUGGUGGACAAACAUCUGGGGCUAGUACAUUUGAUGACAGGGCAACAGAUACUGAUGACUUUGAUGAUGAUGAAUCUAGUGGGGAUAUUGUAUAUGCUUUUUGA